AUGGGCAGCUGGCUUCUCAGGCGGGAUUUGAUCGACAGGGUUGGCGCCUGGUACCCCUCAACAGCCUUCGACCCUGUCAUCAACAAACUGCCAGGCUACCACUGUCAGACUCUGGCCUACCCUUCCAUACAACAGGCAACUACGGUCCAAGAUUUUCAGGCAGACAUUGACACCGUUUGGAGUCUCGUGCAGCAAGAGGCUGAUAAGGGCCACGAUGUCCCCGACGGCGACAGAUGGGCGCAGGCUCUAGGCUCUCACGCCUAUGUGACGAUGACGCUUCCCGCAACCAGCUCAGCCUAUUUGCAUAUUCCUAGCAGCGAUCUCCUCUGCGAGGAAGAUUGAGACAUUCCCUUGUUUGUGCAAGAGAUGUUUGUGGAGCGGGCCCGGGCCAAGGGGGCUCGAUUUGAGACUGAGAAGGUCAAGACGGGGCCACACGCCGUGGUUGGCGGACCCAGAUUGUGUUGCUGCGUACUUGCGGCGCCAAGCAGAAGAGAUAGCGUGAGCGAGCGAAGCUGGG